GAAUUGUAUAAAUUGGAUAAAGGACCGGAUGAGAUGGAAAUUGAUGUAAAAGAUGCCACGAUUAUGCUUGAACAAAUGCUCUACAUUAGAAGAAUGGAAAAUAAAGCCGCGGAAUUAUAUCGAGCAAGGCUAAUCAAUGGAUUUUGCCACUUAUAUAGUGGUCAAGAGGCAAUCGCUGUUGGCAUAAAAUCUAUCAUGCAAGAUAAUGACACUGUAAUAACAGCAUACAGAUGCCACGGUUUUGCAGUGGUAUUUGGUGCAUCGGCUCGUGAAGUGUUUGCUGAAUUGAUGGGUCGACAAACCGGUAUAUCCAAAGGUAAAGGUGGUUCGAUGCACAUGUACGGGCCCAGUUUCUUUGGUGGUGACGGAAUUGUCGGUGGUCAAGUCCCAAUAGGUGCAGGUCUGGCUUUUGCGCAUAAAUAUAAUAACAAUGGAGGUGUAUCCUUCACACUGUAUGGCGAUGGAGCAGCCUCGCAGGGUCAAAUCUUUGAGGCUUGGAACAUGGCGAAACUUUGGAGCUUACCAGUUGUCUUUAUAUGUGAAAAUAACAAAUACGGAAUGGGCACGGUUACACACAGGCACUCGGCCAACGACAAAUUCUAUACCCGCGGAGAUCUCAUACCCGGCGUCAAGGUAAACGGUAUGAAAAUAGAUCAAGUGCGAGAAGCUACGAAAUUUGCAAGAGAACACGCGGUCUGUAAUGGACCGAUUCUCCUUGAAAUGGAAACCUAUAGAUACUUUGGUCAUAGUAUGAGCGAUCCAGGUACAAGUUAUAGAACUAGAGAAGAAGUGAAAUCUACUCAAGAUAAAGAAGAUCCAAUUAAGUAUUUUAUAAAUUAUCUCCAAGAAAAGAAUAUCAAGAGCAACAAAGAUAUUGAGGAUCUGAAAAAAGGAAUAUUUAAAGAGGUUGAUAAAGAAUUAGAAGAAUCAAAAAAUGAUACUUGGGUUGAUAUUAAAGAAAUAAGUACUCAUAUAUAUGUUAAAAAAUUGGAAGAAUGUAGAGGACUGGUUCCUUGGCACAAAGUUUGACGUCCAAUCCUACACGC